AUGUAUGCUGUGACUAUUAGUGAUGAGGGUGACUGUUACCGGUGUUUCCCGCCUGACCCAGGCAUAGAGGCUGCUGCGCUAGGUACUUGUGAGGCUGCUGCUCUAGGUGCCAGUGCGUCUGCUGCCCCAGGUGCCGGUGAGUUUGCGCUCUCAGGUGCUGCGUCGCCCCCGGACACCCACACCUUCACCCUUGACUCGGGUGCUUCCCGCUCCUUCUUUCGAGACUGCACCACUCUCACACCGCUCAGUCGGCCUGUUGCGGUCUCCCUGGCGGACCCCUCUGGGGGUCCAGUCCUUGCUCACUACUCCACUGUCCUACCGUGUCCGGCGGUCCCGUCUGGCUCCCUGUCGGGUCUCUACCUCCCCUCGUUCUCUACGAACUUGGUGGCGGGUGCUGACCUCCAGGAUGCAGGAGUUGACCAGUUCACCCCUGCGCGUCAGCGGGUGACCCACUGCACUUGUGCGGACACGGGCCGCCACUUGGCCACGUUUGCUCGUCGGCCAGGGUCGAGCCUGUACACACUGACUACUGAGUCUUCCCCAGUCACUGAGUCUGCUCAGGUAGCCGCGUCGGGUCAGGUGUUUGCUGCGGCGUCCAGGUCUGGUCCUGAGUCUGCCCCCUGCUCGUGUCGUCUCCUGUCUCACCGGACUCUCCUCUGGCACCACCGUCUUGGUCACCCCUCCCUGCCUCGCCUUCGAGGCAUGGCUUCCCGUCUUCUUGUUUCUGGUCUCCCCCGGUCCCUCCCUCCUCUUCCUCCGGGGCCUGCCCCCACCUGCGUUCCCUGCGUCGAGGGGCGGCAGCGCGCUGCUCCUCACUCCUCCGAGUUUCCUCCGACAGAGGCUCCGCUGCAGACGCUUCACAUGGACGUGUGGGGCCCAGCCCGCGUCCGUGGACAGGGUCAGGAGCGCUACUUCCUGCUGGUGGUUGACGACUACUCGCGUUACACCGCAGUCUUCCCCUUGCGCAGCAAGGGUGACGUCACUGAGGUGUUGAUCGCCUGGAUCCGCGCGGCUCGUCUCCAGCUCCAGGAGAGUUUCGGCUCCGACUUUCCUGUUCGGCGUCUGCACUCCGACCGAGGCGGAGAGUUCUCCUCUGACCUUCUGCGGACCUUCUGUCGCGCACGAGGCAUCCGCCAGACCUUCACGCUUCCGGACUCUCCGCAGCAGAAUGGGAUUGCUGAGCGCCGCAUCGGCAUGGUCAUGGACGUCGCUCGUACGUCCAUGAUCCAUGCGGCUGCUCCCCAUUUUCUAUGGCCGUUUGCGGUUCGGUACGCGGCGCAUCAGCUCAACCUUCACCCCCGGGUCUCCAUGCCGGAGACCUCCCCUGCUUUGCUGUGGACGGGGAAGGUUGGUGAUGCGUCGCGUUUCCGGGUCUGGGGAUCUAGGGCGUUUGUCCGCGACUUGUCUGCGGACAAGCUGUCCUCUCGUGCUGUUCCCUGCGUCUUCCUUGGCUUUCCCCCUGACGCGCCAGGCUGGCAGUUCUACCACCCCACCUCGCGCCGUGUCUUCGCGUCCCAGGACGUCACCUUUGACGAGUCGGUCCCCUACAACCGUCUCUUCCCCUACCGCACUGCGUCCCUCCCUCCCCCGCCGCUCUUCCUUACACCAGGCCCCCCUCCGGUAGACCCCCUCCCCCCUCAGGGUCCUGCUCCCUCAGGUGUGUCCCAGGUAGAUGCAGUUGAGCCAGUCGAGGUAGCUGUUGACUCUGGUGCUGCUGGUGGUGCUGAGCCUGGGGGUGCUGGGUCUGGGGGUGCUGCGACUGGGGGUGCUGGGUCUGGGGGUGCUGCGACUGGGGGUGCUGAGCCUGGGGGUGCUGAGCCUGGGGGUGCUGAGCCUGGGGGUGCUGGGCCUCGGAGUGCGGAGCCUGGGAGUGCUGGACCUGCUCGUCCGGCGUCUGGUGGUGCUGAGCCUGGCGGUUCCUCCGGUGCUUCGUCCCGGCGGGAGCUGCUCUCUCCACAGGAGCUGCGUGAGUGGUUCGCCCGGCGCUGGCGACGUGCUGCUGGAGCUGGUGGUGCUGCAGGAGCUGGGGGUUCUACUGCUGCUGAGAGUGCUGGUGCCGAGGGUCCCAGAGGUGCUCGUACCGAGUGUACUGGAGCUGCUGACCCUACGGAUGCUCCUCCUACUGGGGCUGGUGGUACUGCUGGUGCUGCUGGCGCUGGAACUGCUGGUGCUGCUGGUGCUGCUGGUGCUGCUGGAGCUGCUGGUGCUGCUGGUGCUGCUGGUGCUGCUGGCGUUGGUGCUGCUGGAGCUCCUGGAGCUGGAGCUGCUGCGUCUUCGGGUGGUCCGGCUGGAGCUGGAGCUACUGGGGGUGCUGGCGCUGGGGGUGCUCCUGGCGCUGGUGCUGCUGGGGGUGCUGGAGUUGGCGCUGCUGGAGCUGGGGGUACUCCUGGUGCUGGUGCUGCCGUUGGGGGUGCUGGUGCUGUUCCUGCUGGCACUGGUGGCGCUGCGCGGCCACGGCCGUACUUCUCUGAGUCACAGUUACAGCCACCUUCCCCGCUUCCUUCUCCUUCUCCCUACACUGGUCCUACUGGAGGUCUUGCUGAGCGUCGUGAGCCUGCGUCUCGCCCUGCGUCGCCUGUCCGUGCUGCUCGCACUAGUGGUCGUGGUUCGCGUCAGCGUCCUCCCCCUGUCCCCGGCACGCACCGGAUGUCUCUGCGUCCUUCCACUGCUCCGCUGCGUGCCCCUUUGCCCUCUCCUCCAGCGUCCUCUCUUCCUGAGCUUCCUGACCCGGAGUCGGACUCCCUUCGUGCUGCGCGUCCUACUGUCACGCGUCUCCUUGCUACUGUCGUCACUGACCCUUCCUUUGAGUCUACUGCUGCGUCUGCCCUAGUUGCUGAGCUUGUCGACUUCGCUGCUCGCUGUCGCCUAGACUACGCUACCAGUCUCGUCGCUGAGUCUGAGUCUGUCUGUCCUCCGUCCGUCGGGGGUGAGUGUUCUCUUGGCACGGACGUCCUAGAGGACAGGCAGGAGGAGUUCCAGUGCUUGGCUGCUGUUUCACCUCAUCUCGUGUCCAUGCUGCUUGCCCCUGAGGGAGACCCGGAUGCACUUGACAUCCCGACUCCGCGCUCUUACGCGGAGGCGAUAGAGGGUCCCUACUCCUCUCAGUGGCAGGCAGCCAUGGACGCAGAGAUGGCUUCCUGGAAGUCCACAGGCACCUACGUUGACGAGGUUCCCCCGCCUGGGGCGAACAUCGUCAGUGGCAUGUGGAUUUUCAGGGUGAAGCGGCCGCCGGGUUCUCCGCCUGUCUUCAAGGCGCGUUACGUGGCUCGUGGUUUCAGUCAGCGGCAGGGAGUUGACUACUUUCAGACUUUCUCCCCCACCCCGAAGAUGACCACUCUUCGGGUACUGCUGCACAUAGCUGCUCACCGAGACUACGAGCUGCACUCUCUUGACUUCAGCACUGCUUUCUUGCAGGGCAGCCUGCACGAGGAGAUCUGGCUGCGCCGCCCACCUGGCUUCACUGGGACGUUUCCUCCUGGCACCCAGUGGAGCCUCCGGCGGCCAGUCUACGGUCUCCGCCAGGCGCCUCGUGAGUGGCACGACACACUGAGGACUACACUUGCGGCCCUUGGGUUUGCUCCUUCUACUGCCGACCCGUCGCUGUUUCUGCGCACCGACACUUCUUUGCCGCCGUUCUACAUCCUCGUGUACGUCGACGACUUGGUCUUUGCUACAGCUGACACUGCUGGACUUGCCUACGUGAAGUCCGAGCUGCAGAAGAGACACACGUGCACAGACCUGGGUGAACUGCGCAGCUACCUUGGCUUGCAGAUCACCCGGGACAGAGCACAGUGCACCAUUACCCUGACUCAGUCACACAUGGUGCAGCAGGUCCUUCAGCGCUUCGGCUUCACGUACUCCUCGCCUCAGGCCACUCCUCUGCCUACACGCCACUCGCUCUCAGCUCUGCCUUCGGAUGAGUCCGUAGAGUCGAGUGGCCCGUACCCAGAGCUUGUCGGCUGCCUCAUGUACCUGAUGACCUGCACUCGACCUGACCUUGCAUACCCUCUUAGCAUUCUGGCACGCUUUGUUGCUCCUGGGAGACACAGACCAGAGCACAUGGCUGCAGCGAAGAGGGUGUUGCGCUACUUGUGCAGUACGUCGGGCAUGGGGCUUGUGCUUGGAGGGCAUAGUUCAGUGGUCCUCACUGGUCACGCAGACGCUUCUUGGGCUGACGACCAGGCUACGCAGCGGUCGUCACAGGGUUACACCUUCAGCCUUGGUUCCGGCUCUGUUUCUUGGCGGUCUACCCGCUCGUCUUCUGUUCUUAGCUCCAGUUGUGAGGCUGAGAUCUACGCAGGGGCCAUGGCUGCACAGGAGCUACGCUGGCUCACCUACCUGCUGACUGACCUGGGAGAGCCGCCUCGUUCUCCUCCAGUGCUGUACGUAGACAACAAGGCCAUGCUGGCCUUGUGUCGGGAGCACAGACUGGAGCACAGAACGAAGCACAUCGCUCUCCGCUACUUUCUUGCUCGUGAGCUGCAGCAGCGUGGUCAGCUGCGCCUUGCUUACGUGGCCUCUGAGGCCAACACUGCUGAUAUCUUCACUAAGGCACUCGCGCCUUGUGAUCAUCAGCGCUUCUGCACUCUGUUAGGUCUUGUACCUACCUUGCCUCACUUGCUUACUUCUUGA